AUGUAUCACGCCAGUGAGGCUGGGGAAGACGGUUUGGGGCUCAUGCUGAGGAAGCGAAACUUUCGGAGUUCUUUGCCACGUCAUCGCCCAUCUUUCCAUCCUCUCGACACAACAGCAAAAAAUGUAGCGUCCUCCUCACAUCAGAUUCCGCAACGAGGAAGCAGCUGA